CUAUAAAAUAUUUGGUGGCAGCUUUUUCCUUGGUGUCUUAACACUUUAAAACAGUUGCUCGUGGCAAAAUAGAUCGUCUACGUUCUAUUACCGAGGAUACGAACAUUUCUUUAAAAAAGAAAAAAAAUUCAAGACUCGGAGAAAACUCUGAGGUGCUUCUCAAGCUGCGGACUUGCUAACAGAAAGAUUUCUCACCCAUGAAUGUGUGUGGGCAGAUUGUAGCCAUUGUUCUGUCGGGAUAGUGUAGUGUGUAAAGAUCAAUUUAAGAUGCUGAGCAUGGUAACCAUGGCAGCAACUGCCGCUCUGCUGAUUUUGUAUCCUGGGGCAUCAGGACAGGAGACUACCCAGACCAUCGAGGACUGUGGCACCGGGUGGUUCCUGAUGCAACGUGCCUGCUACAAGCUGUCCACAGACGCCAUGCCCUGGGAAAGUGCGAAGAAGAACUGCGAGGUGGAUGGCGGCUACCUGCUGUCCGUCAGCUCCGUGGCCGAGAUGAACCUGAUAAAGAAAGAGAUGAGACAAGCCAACAGAAGAAAUACUUGGUGGGUCGGGCUACAGAGGGCAGCACCAUAUAGCAAAACGUGGGUGUGGCUUGAUUCAGGUUCGCCUUUUUCAGCGAGAGUCACAAGAUGGAGUCCUUCGGAGCCGAACAAUCAGAACGGACGAGAGAACUGUGUGGAGAUCACCUCGGACGGCACCCUCAGCGACAAGGACUGCGACGAAGUUCGGCCUUUUGUCUGCGAAAGACAUGAAACAACUACAACUACAGCUACAACAAGCACCACGGCUUCUACGCCAGCGUCAUCGAGCAGUACGGUGGUCCUGGAAGAGUUACCUUCAUCCACCUUGCUAUCUUCGUCUUCAACGCCAUCGUCGACCACCACCACGCCUGCUCCCACCACGCCUGCUCCCACAACUUCGACGAUGACGUCAACAGAAGAGAAGAAGAUCCCAAAGCCUAAACCACCAGAAACUUUGCCGAUCGAGAACAAAAGAACGUUGGAGGACUUGUACAAACUGUACUCUGGAUGUUAUCUCCAAGAACCAAGGGUGGCGCGAAGGACAUGUCCUUCUUGUACCAGGAGGGCUCCAGCAUGUGUCCAUCCAUUGAAGUCUCCCAGAUCGUGUGGCCUGAAACCCCGUCUGGCGUCACAAGAGACAAUGAAGUGUAGAACCGGGCAGGGAAAGGCCUACUUUCAGUGCGGAGGGAACCCGGUGUGCUGGCGUGGACAGCCCAAUGUUGAUGAAUGCGCUUCUCCAGAGUUCAAGAAAAUACUUGACCAGGUUAAGAGUACGAAUGACACACAAAAUCCACCGGAACCGAAACAAACCGUAGCCUUGACAACGCAACUGGCAGACGUGACAGAGAGUGACGACUUAACUUCUGAUGACGUGAUGGCGACCUCAAAGGUCAUUUCCGGUCUGGUCACAAGCGGGGCCACCCAGAAGCUCAAGGACGAAUCAGAAGUCGAGGCCAUUGUUUCUAAUGUUGUCAAGGCCGGCAGCAACCUGGUGUCCACCAACAAGUCCCGCGUGUGGACAGACAUGCCACAGCAGGACAAGAUCCGCUCGGCUACGUCCCUGAUGGUGGCCAUGGAAACGGCCACUGUAGCCAUGGCAGAGAAGAUAGACAAACCCACUGUAAUCAACACUAAAGACGAAAAUAUAGAACUAGAGCUGCGAGUGAUAAACAUCACUUCAGUUUCGCCAGCGGAGAAGGAGAACAUCGUGUACAAUGCCGAGAAUUCAGAAAACACUUUCUCAAUCCCCUUGGAGACCCUCAGUCACCUCAGUCAUGGUGGACUGGCCAAAGUUGUCUUCAUGACACACUACACGAUGGGCGACAUCCUCGGCGACACCGCUGGUGGCGACAAGGCUGAUGAAGGCAAGAAACCUGACGACACCGUCCACACGAGGCCUGGCGACUCCAGCAAGGACGCCGCUGAUGAUGUGAAGCAGGAGACGCCUGCGCCGAAACUGGCUUCCUACAUCCUCAGCGCCUCGGUCGGAGGUCAAGGUGAAGGUCGGGUCAAGCUGCCGCAGCCAGUCACCUUCACCAUGAAACACCUAAAGAUGGUGCCAGCAGGAUGGGAUUCGCUGUGUUCGUUUUGGGAAAUCAGUGAAAGUCAAAUGGGGUCGUGGUCACAGGAGGGAUGCCGCGUGGUCCGCAGCAAUGCCAGUCAGACGACGUGCGAGUGUGAUCACAUGACCAACUUUGCCGUCCUCAUGGCGGUUCAGGAGGUCAAGAUAUCCGAGACCCAUCAGUCCUUCUUGAAAUUGGCCACCAUCGUCGGAUGUGUCAUCUCCUGUAUCUGCCUGCUGGCCAGCUGGAUUACCUUUACCUGCUUCACGAAAUGUAAGAGGACGAGGUUUCUUCUUUUAGCUGUGACAUUAGUAGGUGUAGCACCAUCAGAAGAAGUGAUGGUAGAAUACAUCGCUAAAGUAGUGGCGGAUGAUCGCGAUGAUGGCAGCGGCAACUUUCCUGGUGCCGGCGUGAAAAGUCCUCCAUCAGCAACCUGUAACCCUCCAAGGAGAGCGGAAUUCGAUCACAAGAACUUGGUCGUCUGCUUGUUUAUUGCUGAGAUGUUGUUCCUGACGGGCAUUGAUCAAACCCAGAACAGAGUGGCUUGUGGUUUUAUCGCGGGCUUCCUGCACUACUUCUUUCUGGCGUCGUUCCUGUGGAUGUUGCUGGAGGGCGUGCACAUCGUGCUCAUGCUGGUCCAGGUGUUUGAUGCCUCCAGGUCUCGUCUGCCGUAUUACUACGCCACUGCAUAUGCGCCGCCUUUCCUCAUCAUCGCCAUUUCGGCAGGCUUGUAUCAUCAAGGCUACGGGACGGAGAGAUACUGCUGGCUAACAACAGAACGUUACUUCAUCUGGAGUUUUGCAGGACCCGUGGCUGUAAUUUUGUUUGUGAACGCGGUCAUCCUGGUGUACGCCAUGACUAUGGUUUGUCGCCACUCCGAGUAUGUCUUCAGUGGCAAAGACAAAACAGCUGGUGGAAUCAGAUCGUGGAUCCAGGGUGCUGCUGCUCUUGAGGUUCUGCUGGGGCUGACUUGGAUCCUGGGCUAUUUCUUCCUCAACACCCAGACCCUGGCGCUGGCUUACCUGUUCACCGCUCUCAACUCCUUGCAAGGUCUCUUCAUCUUCUGUUUCCACUGUCUUCUCAACAAGAAGGCUCGCAAGGAAUACCGCCGUGUCAUGAAGGUGAAGAGAAGGCCCAGCACCACCACCGGGUCUGGCACCGGCACCCACUCCGCCUCUCUGGGCCACAAACACAAGCACGACCUGUCUCUUGAUGCCCCCGGUGGUCCUCUCUUCCACAGCCACGCCUGAGUGCAGCGCGAGGGCACAGGGAGCAGACGUCGUAAGACUUUCAUCCUUGAUGUCGCUUAUCGUCUCGUUGACGUCAUGGUUGACUCUUCUCGUGUGAGAACCUGGUUGAUGUGGUCGGCGCUUCAAGCUUGCAGCAUGCAUGUACCUGUAUUCUUCUACGAUGUACAGAAUACCACGGGAAGUCACUCAACUGCCAACAAUUGGCAAUUCUAUUUUAUUUUGCGUUUUGCUGUGCAAAAAAAAAAAAAUGAUUCUGGCAAGUUAAGAUCAGUGAACUGUCUGCCUACCUCUGUCUCCCUCUCUUUGACCUUCUCCCCCCUUCUCUCUCUUUUCACAUGGUCAACCUUCCCUCCCUCUCUCUUCACCUUGUUUUUUCUUUCUUGCUUACUUUCCCCCUCAUCUUCUCCCAUUCUUCUACUUUCAUUCUUCUUCAUCUUCUCAUCUUUUCUGAUUGACAGGAAGUGUAUGUGGGCAAAUGUGAUAUGAACAACACUCAAGAAAAUUCUGUAUCUAUCAGUUUAAACACCUCUGCCAUCAAGUUUUGUAGUAAUGGCUAGUCUGUGUUUGUAUCUGACUGCAACGUUUGAAGUGUUAUCUAAAAUCAUCUCUAGCUUCUGCUUUAGAGCAUCAGAUAAUCUCACAGAACCUUGAAGCAUUUCAGGUCUUUGAUAUAUUUUUAAAUUCUGCAUGUUUCAUGUCUAUUUUGGCUGUGGAUUUUUUUUUUUUUUUUUUUUUUUGACAAGAAGUCUUAUUCUCCAUUCGUUUUGAUAAAAGUAGACUUAUGUUUCAUUUGUUGCUCCUGCUACUCUCACUGUCUCUGUGAACAAUGCUCUUUUCCUGUUCUAUGAUAAUUUACACCAAAGUUCGAACUGUUCACAAAUGGUUUUUGACUGCAUGCAUAUUAACAUUCCUUUUUGACAUAAUACUUUAACACCCUUUGAAAUCCCAUUUUCAAAAAGGGAACAACUGUCAAAUAUGUACAUGAAUAUGUUUUUUGUGUGUACACAUGCAUCAACUGUAGUGAAUGCAAGAAUGAUUGUGAUACAUAGCGCGCCUCUAGGAUAACAUUGCUGAUCUGCAAGAAUGGUUAUGUUUUGUGUAAUUGAAGCAUACGAACAUGUGCGCAUGCAUGCACACACACAUAUAUAUAUAUACACAUGCACACAUCCAUUUUGAACACGUAUACACAAACACAUUAGCGCAAGAAUGCGUGUUUGCAUCUGUACAUAUUGCAUUUACUUCAUUAGCUAAGGUCUAGUCAUUAUUGUAUAUGAAGAUGUAUAUUGUGCUUUCCAUGCAGUUUUCUUGCAAACUUAGUUUCAGACAUGUUCGAUGAGCUUGGUGAGCACCGUAUCUGAUAUUUUUUCCCCAAUCAUUUUUUUUUUCCUUGUAAUAUAUUUUUCCUUAUUCCUGGGCAUUUCCGCUGGAUCGUACAGAAGAUGUUCCAUAUCCAUUAAAUCAUUCUUGAUUUGUUUUUAUCACUUAUUCAAACACCCCAGACUGAAGAAGAAAAUUUUCUUAUCCUCUAUUUACCAUCAUAACAACUUCAAACCGGUGAGCAGCACAGGCCAACCAGAAACUGCAGUUCCAUGAAAGUUUCCACAUGUAAGGUCAAAGCAAAUGAAUGUGGAGCAAUUAAAUAUUGUAUUUUGAUUUAGAUAUUUUUUUAAAGUGCUGUUUCAAAUUUUAUUAGGUUUUGGAACUUUUUUUUUUUUUGGUCUUAUGGUGCUCUCAUAGGUUUUCAUUCUUGAUUGCCUGACAUUACAUGUGUUCAUUUUCACUGCUUUUAAUAUUAACAUUUUUAUGCAAUUUUGAUACCUUAAGUGCAAUUGUUCAUCAUUUUUUUACUAUAUUAUAUUGACACUGCAGUUGUUACUGCUGGGUCAAAACAAAGCAAUUACUUGUAUUUUUGAGUAAGCAUACAAACAUUUUUCCCCUUAAAAUGGUAGGUAACUGUACAGGAAAAAAAAUAAACUUUCCUUUUUUAGUUCCCUUGCCCUUCUGCUCUUUUGGCCUUAGAUUUUCUAGCGGGAUGUCUUUAGCUUGCUAUAUGGGGGUGAAUGAGAGUGAUGUUCUUUUGCCUUAUUGGCUUGAGAGGACUGGCUUUCCAGAUUCUUUGGAUUUUGCUAUUUAUCUGAGUUAAUUUUGAUUUUGGAGACCAUUGUUUGACCUGUCAGGAUCUUAAUGAUUGUGAUGUUUUACUUCUACAACUUCAGCUGAUCAGUUAACUAACAAUCCUUUCAUCCAUGACAGCAUUUUCAUCUCAGUCCAGUUUCUUUUCGUGCAUGUUGACAGUGAGAUGAAACACCCCAUGUGCAAUGUAGCUAAAUGUCUUGAUGACUCAAGGCAGCAAAACCGACUACAGCUAGUUUGACCUCCAGAGGUUUAUCCUCAGCAUUCCUGAUCUGUUCUGAUGACUUCUCAUAUGACAAACAAUUGUUUAUUUAAAUUCUAGAUCUUCGACCACAGACAUGAACAAGUUCAUGCUUCGACAGGUAAAUGUGUUGCCUGCCUGCACAGACAAAUCUGGUCCUCCAUUUUCUUCUGUCUCCACGAUUUCUGUUGCCAUAAUUUAUGCAUUUAUUUGAAUUUUGUAGACUUUCCUAGUUUUAUUCCCUUUUCCUUCCUGUCAUCUGGGUUAGUUUCUUAAAUUUCUCCAUAUCGUGACUAUUGUUAUAAUUAAUAUUUGUAAAGAGCCAUGAGCUUGCUCAUAAGGUGGGGAUGUGGCACUAUUAUAAUUAACCUUUAUCAUCACACCAAUACUAAUAUUAUUUCUUACUCAAGGGAAGUAACUACAACCCUCUCAACAAACAUCUCAACUAGACCAUUCUCAGUGAUUUGUGCUUAGUGACUCUCGAAGAGUUUUAGAGUGUCUGAGAGUGUAUUUUGACAACACAGCAUGCAGACGAACAAAUAAUUUAUAUUUUCUAAUUGAAUCUCAAUUUGUAUUGCUUGUUAUAAUUGUUAUCAUGGACUGAAUUACGUUAGUUAUCUUUACACACUAAGUUUUCUUGUGCAAAUGAUUAUUUUUGAAAAAUGUUUACACCAUAAUAUCCAAUUUGUGUUUGAUCUGCUGAUUUAAGACAAGCUUCAUGACCGCCGUCUUAAGUGCUUAGUGUGAAACAAAAAUAAUGAAUGCUGUAUCUCCCAGUGCUGAUUUACAUUAAUACCAACUGGAGUUGUCUUUUUGAUGUGAACUAGACAUUGUACUGCAAAGCAUUUUCGUCUGUUGAUGUAGCAUAUACCGUCUGGCCUCGUUAUCUCGCCACUUUGAGGGAAGAUCUGUAUCUUCAGGUCACUGGUUUAAUGUCUGUUCAAGGCUGUGACUGCUGAACUCCCCUGUCGACCCAGCAGUUUCCACAACAAAAAAAAUAGGUACCUUCUCAUGUGGAAGGAGAGAGUUGAGCUCUGCCUUCCACACGAUUCUUCCUCCAUCCAGCCUCCAAUCUACCAACCACAUCCCACACCCUCCCUGACCUCAGCUUGCAACAAUGGAUAGGGCGGAAUCAGGUCAUGAUUACGGUAACUGGUUAGUCCCAAGUGGUAGUAGAGAGGGAGGGGUGGUGGCAAAAACCAGGAAGUGUGAUUUCUUGGACCCUUUCUUUCCUUUUACCUCGUACUGUGUUCAGUUCCACAAGUGAAAUUCAGAUUUUGUUUUCCAGUGUGGCUAUCACCAGCCAUGAGAGUUCUUUAUGCCCUCGAUAAAUGUACACUCAUGUUGUACUGAUUACCAACCUGUUCCCCUCAUGAUGUCAGCCACUCAUGUGGUGGAUGGACGGGGGGCGAGGUAACAAGGUCACACUGUAAUUAUGACACUGUAGGAUAAACAUAGCUUCCUGUUUGGAUGCAGUGCAGUUUGGCACAAUAAAAUAUGCCACAAUAAAAGUUUUUUUCUCA